UGUGUAGUACAACUGGUUUGCUCAUCAUCACACUCCUUCCAGCCUCAUACAGUACACGCCUCCAUGAGGGGGGUUUGUUAGUUCUUACCGAGUGUGCAGAAGUUUGUGUGCCAGUUUGGACAGGAAACUCCACCGAGCACGAGCACGGCCCAAACUGAUCUCCUCUGCUUCUCAUUUUCUUCUCCAAACUGAUCAAGGCAUCAUGGUGGCCCACAAGGAGUUCGCUACAGCCGGGAAGGCACCUGGUCUGCAGAUCUGGCGUAUAGAGAACUUGGACCUCAAGCCUAUUCCUAAAAACCUGUAUGGAAACUUCUUUACCGGCGAUGCCUACAUCCUGCUGUACACCACAUCUGCACCAUCCUACAACAUCCACAUGUGGAUGGGGGACGAGUGCUCGCAGGACGAAAGCGGGGCGGCGGCCAUCUUUUCUAUGCAGCUGGACGACUUUCUUGGCGGCAGCCCAGUGCAGUACCGUGAGGUCCAGAAUAACGAAUCCGUCGUCUUCCAGGGAUACUUCAAGUCCGGCAUUAAGUAUAAGAAAGGUGGUGUUGCGUCUGGUUUCCAUCACGUGGUGACGAACGAAACAAACGCGAAACGCCUGCUGCAUGUGAAGGGCCGGAGAGUGAUCAGAGCCACUGAAGUGAACUUUACCUGGAACAGCUUCAAUAAAGGCGACUGCUUUAUCGUGGACCUGGGAAAGAACAUCUACCAGUGGAUGGGCAGUGAGUGCAACCGCUUUGAGAGGGUGAAGGCAUCUCAGGUGGCCAUCGACAUCCGCGAUAACGAGCGCAAUGGCAGAGCCAAGCUGUGCAUGGUGGAGGAAGAUGCCGAACCGCAGGAGCUGCUUGAUGCUCUCGGCCCCAAAACAAGCAUUGCUCCUGCCACUCCUGAUGAUGACAAGGUUGAGGUAGCCAACAAGAAGAAGGGAGCAUUGUACCUGAUCUCUGACGCCACCGGCUCCAUGAAGACGACCAUCGUGUCUGGAUCCAGUCCGUUCAAACAGGAGAUGAUGUCGAAAGAUGACUGCUACAUCCUGGACAACGGCAUGGAUGGAAAUGUGUUUGUGUGGAAAGGGCCGAACGCUAAUAAGGAAGAGCGCAAGGUGGCCAUGAAAGUGGCUCAGGAUUUUAUUAAAGAAAAGAACUACUCAAAUAAAACACAGAUCCAGGUACUGCCUGCAGGGGGCGAGACGACUCUCUUCAAGCAGUUCUUCUCUAACUGGAGGGAUAAGGACCAGUCCACCGGCCCAACCACAGGCUACGCCAUCGGAAAGAUCGCACAGGUGAAGCAGGUCCCCUUCGACGCCUCCACCCUGCACACCAACCAGGCCAUGGCGGCGCAGCACAACAUGGUGGACGACGGCUCUGGAAAGGUUCAGAUCUGGCGUGUGGAGGGCGGAGCUCGCGUCCCUGUGGAUCCUGCUUCGUACGGUCAGUUCUUCGGAGGCGACUGUUACAUCAUCCUGUACAGCUAUAAAAAGGGCAGCCGAGAGCAGCACCUCAUCUACACCUGGCAGGGAUUAAAGAGCACUCAGGACGAGUUGGCCGCCUCCGCAUUCCUCACCGUGCAGCUGGACGACUCCAUGGGCGGAGCUCCUGUCCAGGUGCGUGUAACUCAGGGUCAGGAGCCUCCUCACCUCAUGAGCUUGUUUAAAGGAAAGCCCAUGAUCAUCCACACUGGAGGAACGUCACGUCAAGGAGGACAGACAAAGGCAGGAACCACACGUUUCUUCCACGUCCGCACCAGCACCACCAACGCCACUCGAGCUGUGGAGGUGAAACCUUGUUCCUCCAGUCUCAACUCCAAUGACGUCUUUGUGCUGAAGACUCCUAACUCAUUGUUCGUAUGGCGCGGCGUCGGUGCGAGCGAGGAUGAAGUCAAAGGGGCCAAAUACGUGGUCAGCUUCCUGGGAGGGAAACCCACCGACGUAUCCGAGGGCAAAGAACCAGACGCAUUCUGGGCCGCUCUGGGAGGAAAGAAGGAAUACCAGACUUCCAAAACUCUGAAGAAUGUGAUUAAACCCCCUCGUCUGUUUGGCUGCUCCAACAAGACCGGCCGGCUCGCGGUGGAGGAGGUUCCUGGGGACUUCAAUCAGGCAGAUUUGGCCACCGAUGAUGUCAUGUUGCUGGACACUUGGGAUCAGGUCUUCCUGUGGGUGGGCAAAGAUGCGAACGAAGUGGAAAAGACUGGAGCCCCGAAAAUCGCUCAAGAGUACGUGGACACGGACCCGUCCGGCCGGCGUGGUAUCCCCAUCACCACCAUUAAACAAGGUGCAGAGCCUCCGACCUUCACAGGCUGGUUCCAAGGCUGGGAUGAGAAGAUGUGGGACACCGACCCCCUGGAUAGAAUCCGUGCAAAGUUUUAAAUCUUCAUCAUCAUCAUCACCCUGUAACUGCGAUUUGCACUUAGCAGGCCUGAUGCACAACCAACCAGUUUUACAUCUUCUCCUUUUUUUUAAUGCGCUUUACUGUUACUGUAUCACACGAGGGAAGCGAUGAGAAGCUCUGCUGAUGUUUUUACCUGAAAUACCAUAUCAUUUAAACUUCACCUUUAGUUCAAAAUAGCAAUGAAAUUAAGACUCGUGAUGUGAUUUUGACAUCCAGGACGUUUACAUUCCAGUCGAAGCUGCUUGUAAGCCUUAAAAACAGUCCUCUGCUGAUUAUCAUUCCAGCUUUUAGUUUUCUGAUCUCAGUUCUGGACUAUUCAGUGUGUGAGUUUAGAUGUUGGUGUGUUUUAUUUUGUAAGCUAAUGUUGGCACCAGCGGCAGUACAUUUUUAAUAAUAAUCAGGAAAUUAGUCUGGCAUCAUGCCCCCGAGUGCCAAAAUAUAAAAACAAACCUCUUGAACAAACAAGGCUUGUGAUUGGUCGGAUUGUGAAGUUCAGUAAGUCAUGUCAGAAAUAGUAAAAAAAAAAUGACAAUGAAUCAGAAAUGUUUCCAAUAUGUUUUGCCAACGCAGUUUCUCUCUCUUCCGCUCUCGUUUUUAUCACUUCCUGUUUGACUGGGAUGGAUGGACCUGCGCUCUCUCAUAUAAAAUAAUAUUUUAAACAAAUAUAAAUGGUUUUCAUGGUUUCAUAUUUCUGGCUUGAAUAAAAAAAUGCUCCUGUUUUAAA